AGAGCACUGAAGGAACCAGGGGAGUUCUGCAUAUGGUGGUGUUCUUCACUUCCCAAACCUCACAAAUGAUAACUUUGGAUGGGGGGCAGGACUCCGUGAGCAUGGCCCAGAUGUAGCAGGACACCAACAUUUUGAACAAUUGAUCUACCCUUGAGAUGACUUCUUUCCUGAGAAAGACUCAUGCUAGAAGUUCUGGUGGUUGUUGUCUGUAACGUCCGAGUUGGUCCUUCAUCCCUUCUGAGGCAGCUAAAACUAGUGGGAAGAUUUCGUCUCUAUAUUUGGAUAUUUGAUUGAUGUUGGCUCAAGAAUGCUGUGACUGUGUGUGAGACAAAGGAAGGAACAUAACUCUGUGAAGAGACACCCUCCCCCCUUGGCACAAGAAGGCAUUCAGCAUAGAAAGCGAUGCCAGAGAACUGCUUAGUGCCUUGAAGUAGGAGUUGAAAUCUUAAUGCAGCUUCCCUUCAAGCCAUGAUGUCGUGAGGUAUUUCUAUCCAGCUCCAGUACAGUUUAGCACGCUGUGGCUCUCUGCUCAGGGGGCUGCUAAUGGCCCUCAAGUAAUCUGCUCUCAGAUAGUUUGUGGCCUCUCAGUGCUCCAGCUGGCUGGAGAUCGUUGACCGAGAAGAUGCUGGACCUAAGCUUUCUGACCGAGGAGGAAUACGACAAGCUUAUGAAGGUUCUGCAGAGAGAUGCGGAGUUGAAGAAAAAAGACAGUGAUCGUAUCAGACGGUUACAAGGCUCUCUCAAGGAUGAAAAGAAGAAAAAGUUUGUGACCGGUGAAUGGUUUCAUGAAGUGAAGGCAAAACGUUUUCAGGAGGAUUUAGAGGGGCCAGAUCUGCUUCGAGCAUCAAUUAGAAGGAAAAAGGAGAAGCCAGGAAAUGAGCCUAAUGAGCACAUCCGGCAGAGCCUGGAAGGUAGAGCUGCUUCACUGUCAUCAGAUGCGUCCAGUCCUCUCUUCCCUGAACUCACUCCAGACUCAGGAGCUGAGAGAUCCAGUGCAACUGCUGUGGAUUCUUCAGAGGAACAUAAAACCUGGCCAAAACCAAAACCAAGACUCAUCAUACUGACACCCUCCUCAAAUGAGAGAUCCAAUGUAAAUGACAUCUCCCCAGGAGAAAGCAACGCUGGAGUUAGUCCACACUUCACUUCCACAGACAACUGGCAGCUGUCUGGAAAAGGUCAUGAAGUACCUCCAUCUCCUGCCAAGCUCUCAGAAGAAGAUAUGGUACAGUCCAAUUGUUCUUCUAGGGUGGAGGCUCCUGAUGUGGCCAGUGGGACUCCAACGACGCAGAAAGCACCCCUCAAAGACAUUAAUACUACCAGCAAGAUACCAGUCAAGAGGAAAGCAAGCAAAGGUCUGUUCAGGUCAGAGACUCUCACGGAGCAAACUGAGGACAGUUAUAUGAAAAGAGAGUCCCUUAAAAGCUCAAAAUUAUUGUCUGGAGAGGAAGACAACAAUCCGGCUCUGAAGCAAGGAGCCAACUACACCAUCUCUUCCAUGAGCAGUAAAGAGGAGGAAAUUGGCCUAGAUCAUGAACACUUUAAGAGCCUGAGAAACUUUUGGGAGAAAGGUGCAGAUACUGUGGUAGCAAGUAAUGUUUCAGAGGAGUCUUUUGAAAAGCCUGGUGUGGUGGAAUCCAAUGGAAGACCGCUCACACUGAGUCGAUCUCUCUCUGCACAGUCUAAUCAAAGCCAAAAUGGCGAAGAAAAGUCCACUGUCUCCAUAAAAAGCAGAGUUCCCUACAAAAGAACAGUCACCUUCUCUUCUAGUGAAGAUGAACCAUGCUAUGUCGCCCCACCAAGGAGGGGCUCAGCUUCUUCUAUGCCCAGAUCUACAUACAGCAAGAGCAAAGGGACAAUACUUACUAGGAAUAAUUCAUUGACUGAAAGUAAUGGGAGGCAAGAGGAGGAGAGAAAGGCACAGCGCUGCCUGAGGAAAUCCAAACUGCCUGUGCGAGUGCCUUCAAUUAAAAUAGAAUCACCCACUCAAGAGGGGCCCAGCAGCACGUUUGAGCCAGAAACGCCUGCAGAUGAGUAUGUCAUGCCUGAGGAAAGCAGGCGCAAGGUGGACUCCUUGGCGAGCAGGGUUCAGAUAUUGAUAGAACCUGUACCUUCAGAUAGGGGUAGGGAUGAAAUGUCUGAUUUGGGCAUUCAAGACAAAAUGGAAACUAAUGGAGAGGUGCCUGAGACUAAGACAGGUGAGCCUGCAAAUAAUGUGAUGCCCAAGGAACCAGCCAUGGAGAGAGAAGCAAUUCAAGGAACUGACUCAGCUGUAUUCUCAGAGGAAGACCGGCAUCAGUCCCCUGUUGCCAUGGCUCUGGCACGAGCGAAUAACGUUAACCUAGCCAAGAGCAUGGUGAAUAUUUACACAACCAACGAGACAUACAAUAAGCCUCCCAUUAUAACCCAUCAACUUCUUGAGCCCGAACGAGCCAAGGAGCUGAGCAGAUCCACCCCGGUCCUGCAAUCUGAGACUGAAUCAGACACGGCUUCAGAAAUCAGCUUCCAGUUUAACAGGCACAAAAAGUCGCCUAGUAGUGGCAGGCCCUCCUCUGACAUGGCAUCGGUCUCUUCGGUGAGUGGUAGCGUGCUCAGUGUGUACAGUGGUGAUUUUGGGAGCGUGGAUGCACAAGGCACUGUUCAGUUUGCUCUGGAUUAUGAUGAGAAAAACCGAGAAUUCCAGAUUUGUGUUUUCCAGUGCAAAGACCUGGCUGUGGUGGAUGAGAAGAAAGGCAGAUCUGAUCCAUAUGUAAAAACUUACCUGCUCCCAGACAAAGCUCGAAUGGGCAAGAGGAAAACCUCAGUGAGGAAGAGAACGGUGAAUCCCAUUUACAACGAAGUGUUAAGAUACAGAAUAGAAAAAAUGGUGCUGCUGAUCCAAAAAUUGAAUCUUUCUGUGUGGCACAAUGACCCAUUAGGACGAAACAGCUUCUUAGGAGAGAUAGAAAUAGACCUUGCUAGCUGGGAUUGGAGCAACAAGAAACUCAACUGGUACACGCUGAAGCCACGGAGCCUUUCUGCCAGUAACGGUGUGGAUCAUCGAGGAGUGAUGAAUCUGUCUAUUAAAUAUGUCCCACCAGGAACUCUAGGUCCAAAGAAUCCCUCAUCUGGGGAAGUUCAUAUCUGGGUCAAAGACAGCAAGGACCUCCCACAGUUGCGCCCAUCUGGAGUUGACUCCUUUGUGAAAUGCUAUGUGCUUCCAGACACCAGUAAGAAGAGUUACCAAAAGACCCGAGUUAUCAAAAGAGACCCAAACCCUGUUUUUAAUCACACCAUUGUGUAUGAUGGGUUCCACACAGAAGAUCUGAAAGAUGCCUGUGUUGAGCUGACUGUAUGGGAUCAUGAAAAACUAACCAAUCACUUCCUUGGCGGGAUCAGGCUGGGCCUGGGGACAGGCACUAGCUAUGGUAUCCCGGUGGAUUGGAUGGACUCCACACAGGAGGAAGUGGCCUUUUGGCAGGAAAUGAUGUUGGCCUCCAACGAAUGGAUUGAAGGAUCGCUCCCACUGCGUUCGCUGGCUGGGCGGAGGAAACUGAAAUGAAAGUUACACAAUUAAAACUGAGCAUAUUCAUUAGAAAUGGGGAGCUCUCCAAGACGAAGAGAUGGAGCGCUUCCCCUACCCACGCAGAUGUAUGGUUAACUGAUAAUGAUUGGAUUUUGCUUUAAAGAUGUUAAGUGCUACAUGGUGUUAAUCCCCCAGUAAGAGGGUUUAGAAGAUGCUUAACUGAAGCUAUACUUGAUCUUAGCAAGAGGCCAAGAACGAACACUGGUUACUUUGGCUGAUCAUUUAUAUAGUCUCUUAGAUUUCAUUACACUCUGAAUACAUUGGCAGGAUAAAGGAGGUGUGAGUAUUUUUUUUAAUACAGGAUUAUUUUGUUACUGGAUUUUUGUGCUGUUCUGUGCAGGAAGACCUUUGUAAUAAAGCAGCAGCUCGGUAUUCUGCAUAUUCCCUUUGAAGUGGUACACGUUGUACUGGAUGGAGGAUUGCAAGCAUC